AUGCCACAUCGGGUGUACCGGCAGUUUGGUUUGUUCAUGCCACACCCGCCGGAGUUUGUGGACACGGAUAUAGUGCUACACGCGUUGGAUAGGAAAAAGCAGCGGAAGAUCAAGGAUUGGGCCAAGCAUCACAACAAGUAUGUCAUACAGUGGGAGCUUGCUUUGGAGCAAGCUAGGGCUGGAAAACGAGCCAAGCUUCGUGAGCACUGCCCGAUUGCGUUCAACAACUAUCUCACAUGGUUUCUAGGCGUCACUCGUGUGGAGGUAUGCAAGCCGGCGUAUGAUGAUAAGAUUUUGGAAGAACCCACCGUCUUUGAUGAGGUAGCCCAGCACGAGUACAACGCAUUAGUCAGGAAAGGCAACUCCGUGAUCCCUGCGGGGCCAAUGAUGAACUUUGUGGUUCGGUCUGCAUACGAGUUAAAGCCUAGGAAGGGAAUCAACAAAUACACACCUGAGGACUUCACCCAAAGAGGCAAAAGGACGGUCGGCACCUCGCAGAUGGCUGCUUUGGACGACUAUUUGGAUGACGAUGUGGAUGACGAUGUGGAUGACGUGGAGGAACAGGAGCCAGAGCAGGAGCGGGUUCGUCUUCCUAGGAAAGUGAAGAAGAUACCCUCCAAGAGAGGGGGAGGAACCAGCAAGCGCGGAAGGAAGUAG